AUUUAAACUAAUAAUAAUAACAUCCUGCUGUGGUGCUUUUACACUGAAAUAAACAUUUCUGGGGAAAAAAACUAGUUUUCACUUCCGGGCCUAGAUCUCCUCUGUUGCUGUUGCUCUGUCGUCGUUCUGCUCUCUUCUCCUCCAUGGACGUAGACUCACUCCGGUCAGCUCGUGAAUCAUAUCAGCACAAAGUUUAGCUUCUUAUCGACGUCGACAGUUCAGUUAUUCCACCGCCGAGCAGCUGAAACGAUGUUUAAAGUGUCAGUGAGCGGCUCCAGGAGGCUGCUGAGGCUGCUGCUGCUGGUGAGUCUGUCAGUCAGCAUCUGUGUGGUCCGAGCAGCAUCAGCAUCUUCAUCCUCUUCAUCAGAGGAGGACAGCGCCAUGGAGAACAUCGUCACCGAGAAGAAGGCUGAGGAGAGCCACCGGCAGGACAGCGCAGACCUGCUCAUCUUCAUCAUGCUGCUCACCCUCACCAUCCUCACCAUCUGGCUGUUCAAACACAGGAGGUUCAGGUUCCUGCACGAGACCGGGCUGGCCAUGAUCUACGGCGUGCUUGUUGGCGCAGUCUUGCGUUAUGGCAUUCAUGUUCCUCGAGACAUUAGCAACGCCACGAUGAGCUGCCACGUUAACGCCAGCCCCGCCACUCUGCUGGUCAACGUCAGCGGCAGAUUCUACGAGUACACUCUGAAAGGAGAGAUCGGCGCCAACGAGUUGAACGACGUGCAAGACAACGAGAUGCUGAGAAAGGUGACCUUUGACCCUGAAGUGUUCUUCAAUAUUCUCCUCCCACCUAUCAUCUUCCAUGCUGGCUACAGCUUGAAAAGGAGACACUUUUUCCUCAACAUGGGAUCCAUCCUGGCUUUUGCCUUCCUGGGGACGGUUGUUUCCUGUUUUGUUAUUGGGUUGCUGAUGUACGGCUGUGUGUUGCUGAUGAAGCACAUGGGACAGCUGGGCGGAGACUUCUUCUUCACCGAUUGUCUGUUCUUUGGAGCCAUUGUCUCGGCCACAGACCCCGUGACGGUCCUGGCUAUCUUCAACGAGCUGCAGGUCGACGUGGAUCUGUACGCUUUGCUGUUUGGAGAGAGCGUGCUCAACGAUGCUGUGGCCGUGGUUCUCUCCUCGUCUAUAGUAGCGUACCAGCCACAAGGGGACAACACUCACACCUUCGAGGUCAUGGCGUUGCUGAAGUCUUUGGGGAUGUUCCUCGGAGUUUUCAGCGGCUCCUUUGCUCUGGGAGUCGCCACCGGGGUCGUCACUGCUCUCGUGACUAAGUUCACCAAACUGAGGGAUUUCCCGCUGUUGGAGACGGCUCUGUUCUUCCUCAUGUCAUGGAGCACAUUCCUGCUGGCUGAGGCCUGUGGCUUCACAGGUGUGGUCGCAGUGCUGUUCUGUGGAAUCACGCAGGCCCACUACACCUUCAACAACCUGUCUCCUGACUCCCAGGACAGGACCAAACAGCUGUUCGAGGUGCUAAAUUUCCUGGCAGAGAACUUCAUUUUCUCCUACAUGGGUCUGACCCUGUUCACCUUCCAGAGCCACGUCUUUAAUCCCAUGUUCAUCGUCGGAGCUUUUGUGGCGGUGUUCAUUGGAAGAGCUGCGAACAUCUACCCUCUCUCGCUCCUUCUUAAUUUUGGACGACGCAACAAGAUCAGAUCCAACUUCCAGCACAUGAUGAUGUUUGCAGGACUGCGAGGCGCGAUGACCUUCGCCCUGUCCAUCAGGGACACGGCGACGUACGCCCGUCAGAUGAUGUUUACCACCACUCUGCUCGUGGUCUUCUUCACUGUUUGGGUUUGUGGAGGUGGCACCACCCAGAUGCUGUCCUGCCAGCGCAUACGAGUGGGCGUGGACUCUGAUCAAGAUAACUCUGUGAGCAUCACUGACGGCUCAGAGAGAAGAAGCACCAAACAGGAAAGUGCCUGGCUGUUCAGAAAGUGGUACAACUUUGACCACAACUACCUGAAGCCCAUCCUGACUCACAGCGGCCCCCCUCUCACCGCCACGCUGCCUCCCUGCUGCGGCCCCCUCGCCCGCUUCCUCACCAGCCCUCAGGCCUAUGAGAACGAGUGCCAGCUGAAGGAUGACGACUCCGACCUCAUCCUGACGGACGGCGACCUCAACCUGACCUACGGCGACAUCACUGUCAGCACGGACGCCUCGGGUUCGCACACGAGCGGCGGCCCGGCGGCCUUCGCCGGAAUCUCCGACGACUUGGACAGAGAGUUGACGUACGGAGAUCACGAGCUGGUGAUGAGGGGCACGCGCCUGGUGCUGCCCAUGGAUGACUCUGAGCCGCCCUUUACGGACCCCCACCACCGCUUGCGGAUGUGAAGAUCAACGCAGCAGACCCCAGACGAAACCGUCCGACUCACACUGACCACGAGCCAUCGAGCAAAAGACCAGUACCCGACACUCCUUCUAUCACACUUUGUUUUUCCCCUUUUGCUCUUGCAUCAUUCCUCUUUUU